AUGAUAGAAAAAUCGACUGUAUUUUUUAAAAACAAGGAGAAGCACUUAAACAUAAGUUUUGGGAUGACCACGCCAGCUACAAUUGGAGGCAAAAUCUUUCUAAUGUUCUACGGGCUUCUCGGAUGUGCAGCCACCAUCCUGUUUUUCAAUCUUUUCCUGGAGCGGGUCAUUACUGUUAUUGCUGUCGUCCUUAAGUCUUGCCAUGAGCACCGCCAUAACAAGGCUCAACUCCCUCAAAAUGGUCAAGGGGUCCGUGCAAGGUCAAGCAGAAAAGAGGAGAAUCUCGCUGGCUGGAAGCCUUCAGUCUACUGUGUUAUGAUCAUCCUCGGAGCAGCGGCCAUUAUGGUGUCUUGUUGUGCCUCGCUCAUGUACUCUGCUGCCGAGGGCUGGGGCUACCUGGACUCACUUUACUUCUGCUUCGUGGCCUUCAGCACCAUCGGCUUUGGAGAUAUGGUGAGCAGCCAGCGGCUCGUCUACGAGGGCAAUGCCACUGCAGCAUACCAGCUGGGAAACUUCUUGUUCAUCCUGACAGGCGUCUGCUGCAUCUACUCCCUCUUCAACGUCAUCUCCAUCGUCAUUAAGCAGGUCCUCAACUGGCUGCUGAGGAGACUCGAAGCCCCCUGUCGAUGUUGUUACUCCAGGAGGGGUCAACACCCUCACAGACACUUUCGUCGGAACGUGGUGGCCCCAGGCCACUUGGGAACCCAAAGGGAACCUUCUAUAGAGACAGAUGCCGUCAAUGAGAGCGAGACUGAGGCUGGGCGCAGGAUGUCUGGGGAGAUGAUCUCAAUGAGAGACUUUCUCGCAGCAAAUAAGGUCAACUUGGCUAUCAUGCAGAAGCAGCUUUCCGAAAUGGCGAAUGGACAUCAGCGCCAGCCCGGCUCCACUUCACAUCAGAACGGUUUCUCCGGGGGAGUCGGGGCCCUCGGCAUCAUGAACAACCGGCUGGCAGAGACGAGCGUUGACAGAUAGGGGGAUAUUAAAUAGAUCUAAUGGAUACUAAAGCCAACAAAGACCUUUGCUUCCUUUGGGUGUCAAAUACCGUGUAUUUCCAAUCGCCACGUGUAGACUGACUGUCAAAAUGAAUGAUGCAUGAUAGUUUGUUGCAAUUUCAUAUGUGGGUCAGGUUCAGUUUGCUGGGAUGUUCCUCUCAGGAGGAAUUCAGUUUCCAUGGUGAUAGAGAAGCCUGCUUUGUUCUCCUGUAUCUCAGCUUCAGAGGCUUAUUGCCAUACAGUAUAUGACUGCACAGCUGACUUUUAUUGUGCUUUAGAACUUCACAGUACUUUACACUCACGUACAGUAUUUCAUAUUCAUUGCACAAAAUCAAAAUGA